CCCUUUUCCGUGCUAUGGCGCGAAAAGACUCCCAAUUCCAAAAAUCCAGUGCGAAAUUAGGGUUUCACCUCACAUGCUACCGGUAGUCUGGUCACUGCUGCUUCCUCUCCCCCACCGCAACGAUUUCCGGAUUUUCAGACCAGCUUGAAGAAAUCAGGGGUCUGAUUUCUUCAGCCGCCACCAAAGCAAACAAGUCUUUCGCCUACUCCACCCUCUUACACCUCCAGCAGCAAUCCUCCGACCGUCACGAUUCAAUUCAAAUGCUUGCGCGGAGCUGCCGGAGCCUCAUCCGUCCGACCGUCGCCGUUGUUCGGAACAAUGACGAAGAAAUUGCAACUCAGGCAUUGGAAUGCUUGGGCUUCAUGAUAUAUCAUCCGUCCAUCGUCGCCGAAAUCGCAGCGGAUGAUGUCAAAUUUGUUUUAGAUUCACUGGCAAAGCUCAUUACAACCACAAAAAUGAAGUCUGUUUGCAAUUUCGGGGUGUGGUGCAUAUCUAUCCAACAAUUGAGUACACCACUUUUAGCUGCCCCUUUCCAUUCUCUUUUGCUUGCAAUUGUUCAUGCCAUUGACAAUCCUAUCAGUUCUUUGUCGACUACUUUUGAGGCUAUUCAGGCUGUUAUCGCAUAUAUGGGCUCCUUCAGUAUAUAGAAGACUCCUUAGCUCUGAUAAGAGGGAGAGGGAUAUGUCAGAGAGGUGUUUAUUGAACACUAGGUCUACAAUAUUACCCC